AUGACCAACUUCCCUAAGAUCACCUUCCCACGUGCAGAGCUGACUAAUCAUAUACCCCCGGAGACGGGUGACGUUGAUGAUUCCCCGCGGGAAAGAAAGUUAGCUUCUUCAUAUGCGGUUACCACCAUGGCGACAUCGAGGCUGCCAUUCCUGUAUCCGAAUUUGAUGCGUGCUGUGCGCUCAUGUGAACCGAGAACAUACCGCUCAAUUCGAAUCCCAUACCGGCCGAGUCAACGCUUCCAUACAAGCCAGCAACACCAGCGCGAUUCCUAUCAGCGGCGGUACGGCCCAGCUGUCGAACCGAAUACUUCUCCUUCGUUGCGUCCGAAAAAGGGCCCACAUGACCAGGUUCAAGACGUGCCAGAGGAUCAAUCUUCUGGGCAUGAGGCUGUAAAUGCCUCCGAGCAGCAGGGAACUUCGCCAGAAGAGUCACAGUCGGAAACACAACCACAAGAAGCGGAGCAUGACACCGCAAAUGUGGCCAAAGAAGAGUCUUCGGCGACUCCGACCCUAGAUCAGCAAAUUGAGGCCGAUGCAAAGAAAGACAACCCCCCAACCGACCGGGAACCGCACGAGGAGAAGGCAACGGAUAUAGAUGGUGCUGAGCAGGAACAGGCUCCGGCGUCUCCUACCCCGCCUUCCGAAGGCCCAUCGGAGGACAGUACAGAUACUUCUUCAUUCACAAGUCAAACCCCGUUCGACAAUGUCCUCCAUAUGCCUUCGCCGUCCGUUUACCUAUCCCCAACUGGGGAACCCUCCACGUCCAACGGUCGUCCACCACAUUUGUCCCCAGCACCAUAUGUGCACCAUUUCGAUACUUAUUCGUUGGUCCAGGAUCUUUCCAAAGGAGGAUACAGUGAAGAACAGUCUACUACAAUCAUGAAGGCUGUGCGGGCUAUCCUACAGAGCAACCUAUCCCUGGCCAGGGAGACUCUCACUUCCAAAUCCGAUGUCGAGAAUGAGGAAUACCUGUUCAAGGCAGCCUGCUCUGAGCUUCAGUCAUCUCUUCAGACAGCUCGCAACUCGGAAAUACAGCAUCAGCGCUCAUCACGAACACAACUGCAGCAUGAAACCGAUAUAAUCUCGCAGCGUCUCAGCCAAGAACUUUCAGGCAUGAAAGACGACAUCAAGGGCAUGUUUAAUGAUCACAAAAUGAUCACACGAGAGCAGCAGCGCAGCAUCGAUACUUCGGUUCAGGAAUUGAACUACAAGAUCACAGUCUCGCUGAACAGCGAUGGAAAGAGUGAGAUCGAGGGUCUUCGAUGGAUUUUGACCAGACGCGCCGCUUUGACAAUUGCUAUCUUCAUGAUCAUCGUCUUCUUGAAGUAUGCUUCGACACGCAAGGAGCCUGAGCCCAAGAAAGCCAAGCAAGUGGAGAAGCCAGUCAUCACCAAAGAAAUUAUUACCGAAAAUCGGGUGGCCCAAGAUGGUGGCAUUCAAGCAGACAUUCCGUCUGCUGAACUGCAUCUUGGCGAAUCUCUUGGUUGA